AUGAGGAGACAGAUCGGAUUUGAGAUCAGAGAUAUGUGGUAUAACUUAGGUCCCCACAAGAUCAAGUUCAUACCUGAGAUGGUUGGUGCGAUCCUUGAGAUGACGCUGGACGCAGACAGCAUUUUUGAGAACGAGAUCAUCACCAAGCUGGACCACGAGGUGGAAGGCGGUCGAGGAGACGAGCAGUACAAAGUCCUCUUCCAGAAAAUUCUCCUAGAGCACUGCCGUAAGCAUAAGUACUUGGCCAAGAGCGGCGAGAACUUUGUGACGCUGGUGGUGCGUCUUCUGGAGCGUCUCCUUGACUACCGGACCAUCAUGCACGACGAGAACAAGGAGAACCGCAUGAGCUGCACCGUCAACGUCCUGAACUUCUACAAAGAGAUCGAGAGAGAAGAGAUGUACAUCAGGUACCUGUACAAGCUGUGUGACCUCCACAAAGAGUGUGACAACUACACUGAAGCUGCAUACACACUGCUGUUACAUGCCAAGCUACUUAAGUGGUCUGAGGAUCCGUGUGCUGCCCACCUCACCCAGCGAGACGGCUGCCAGGCCUCCACCCAGUGCCAGCUCAAAGACCACCUCUACCAGGAGAUCAUCAACUACUUUGACAAGGGAAAGAUGUGGGAGGAGGCCAUCAUCCUGGGCAAGGAGCUGGCGGAGCAGUAUGAAAACGAGAUGUUUGACUUCGAGCAGCUCAGCGCAUUGUUGCGAAAGCAAGCUCAGUUCUAUGAGAACAUUGUGAAGGUGAUUCGGCCGAAGCCUGACUACUUUGCGGUGGGAUACCACGGCCUGGGUUUCCCCUCCUUCCUCAGGAAUAAGAUGUUUAUCUACCGGGGUAAAGAGUACGAGAGGAGGGAGGACUUUGAGGCGCGCCUGCUGACCCAGUUCCCCAACGCUGAGAAGAUGAAGAUCACCACCCCACCUGGAGAGGAGAUACGCACCUCACCUGCACAGUACAUCCAGUGUUUCACCGUUAAGCCGAUCCUCGAGCUCCCACCAAAGUUCCACAACAAGCCGGUCUCUGAGCAGAUUCUGAGUUUCUACACUGUCAAUGAAGUAAACAAGUUUCAGUAUUCCAGACCUAUCAGGAAAGGGGAGAAGGACCCUGAUAACGAGUUUGCAAACAUGUGGAUCGAGAGGACGACUUACGUCACCGCCUACAAGCUGCCUGGCAUUCUGCGAUGGUUUGAAGUCAAGUCCUUCUCCACGGAGGAGAUCAGUCCUUUGGAGAACGCCAUGGAGACGAUGCACCUGGCGAAUGAGAAGAUCAACAACAUGGUGCAGAGGCAUCUGAACGACACCAACCUUCCCAUCAACCCCCUGUCCAUGCUGCUCAACGGCAUCGUAGACCCGGCAGUCAUGGGCGGAUUCACAAACUACGAGAAGGCCUUCUUCACAGACAAGUACAUCCAGGAGCACCCUGAGGACCGCGACAAGAUUGACAAGCUCAAGGACCUGAUUGCCUGGCAGAUCCCGUACCUGGCGGAUGGCGUUCGUAUCCAUGGAGAGAAGGUGACGGAGGCUCUGCGGCCCUUCCACGAGCGCCUGGAGGCCUGCUUCAAGCAGCUCAGAGAGAAGGUGGAGAAGCAGUACGGGGUCAAGACUCUGCCGGGUGCUGAUGAGCGUCGCGGUGGCCAGAGGCCUCGCUCCAUGGUGCGUUCCUUCACCAUGCCCUCCUCCCAGCGCCCGCUGUCUGUCGCCUCCGUCACCUCCAUCUCCUCCGACAACUCCCCUUCCAGGCCCGGCUCCGACGGGUUCACUCUGGAGCCCCUGCUGCCUAAGAAAGUGCACUGCAAGUCCCAGGACAAGCUGGACCGUGACGAGGCGGAGAGGGAGCGCAAGGACAAGGAGAAGAAGAAGGAGAAGAGGAACAGCAAACACCAGGAGAGCUUCGACAAGGAGCUCAAGACCACCACCGAGAUCCCCACGCAGGCAUCCGACACAGUCAUCCUCUCAGAAAUGAUCAGUCCCCUGCGUCCUCAGAGGCCUAAGAGUCAGGUGAUCAACCUCCUGGCCCCUGACCGCCGUCUCUCCGUGUCCCCAGGGCCUCCCACCCCGUCUGCAGGGGCCACUGCGGUGUCAGCAGCGGCGACCCCCCCGGGGGCCCCUCCUCCCAUCACCCCGCGGGCCAAGCUGUCCUUCAGCCUGCUCUCGGGAUCCAACCUGGAGCUGAAUGGGAUGGGCUGUGGAGAGAAAGGGGAAGUCCCGCCCCCGCUGCCCAUGAAGGGAAGCACGGCCGACUACGGAAACCUGAUGGACCUGAACCCUGAACUGGCCAGCCCGACUACGCCACCCCCUCCCCCACCACACCACAGGCAUCUGCCACCACCGCUACCGAGCAAGACUCCUCCUCCACCGCCCCCAAAGACAACGAGGAAGCAGAACUCCAUCGAUUCAGGAAUCGUCCAAUGAGGAGGAAGGAGAAUUCCAUCGAUUUGGGAAUCGUCCAAUGAGGAGCUACACUAACGUGUCAGGAGGAACAAAGCAAACUGUAUUGAACUGAACCAAACCCGAACAAACAUUGACCUAGCCCCCCAACACACACACACACACACACACACACACACACCACCCUCCACUACCCUGUCCCCAUCCACAAAAAGAAAGAGACUGAACUGAAAUUGUGUACCAGUGUUUUUAGAUCUAGAAUUUCCCCCUUCCUCUGCCCAGUUGUUUAUUUCUUUUUUGGCGAGCUGAAUAGCUCCUCAAGGUCUGCCUGUGAGACAGCAGCUGUCCACUACGUGCCUCUUAUGCACCGCGAGCUCCGCUAGGGAGCCCAGUGCAAUUAAUAAUCACGGCUGUACUGCACGCAAGCUGUCAGCUGCCGACCCGAUGGAGCUCUAGUGUACCCAAAGCCCCCCAGGUAACCUCCACACUAGGGUGCAUCAAACACCAACGGAUCUCGUAAAAUCCUGUUUGUCUUUUGUAAACAGUAUUGCUUGUUUUGUACCAACACAACUUCUUUGCAUGUUUCAGUAAACUUGAUAUAUGCUAAUGGGUAGCACAAUGGGCUUGAAAUUCCCAAUUGCAUUGGACUGGUGUUUGGGCUUGAAA